AUGUCCGACCAAAGCUCAUCGCGGUUCACGCCGCAGAACAAGACGACUCAUGAACGGUUAUCCACACACACGGUUGGCCUCGUCGCCCUCUCCGACUUCCGCAAGCGCCGCGCCGAGGUCCUCGAGCAGCAGGAGCGCGAAGCCCGCGAGGCCGCGUUUUCAGGCACGUCCACACCGGAUCGCUCCCUGACAGGCACUCCUGACAACGGUGGCAGUGACACGGGAAGCGGCCCACGUCCCGUGAAGAAGCAGAAGAAGAAGAAGCUGGGCAAGAAGCUCCUCUCGUUCGAUGACGAAGAAGGCGACGAAGAUGCGGCCCCGUCAAAGCCAACACCAAAGGCGAAAAAAGACAGCGCGAACGAUACUGAAGGGAGCGAUAGCGACGUGAAGACGAAAUUCAAGGCCAAUGCCUCGGUAGGCAUCGUCCCCAAGGCCAUGACCAAGAGCGCACUCCGCAAGGAAGCUGCCGAGCGCGAAGCCCUCCGUCGCGAGUUCUUGGCCAUCCAAGAAGCUGUCAAGGCGACCGAAAUCGCGAUACCUUUUGUCUUCUAUGACGGCUCCAACAUCCCCGGAGGCACUGUCCGUGUCAAGAAAGGCGACUACGUCUGGGUGUUUCUGGACAAGAGUCGCAAGGUUGGCGCUGAGCUUGGGGUGGGAGAAAAAGCCAAUGCCCGGAGAGAGUGGGCAAGAGUUGGCGUGGACGAUCUCAUGCUUGUCCGCGGAACAGUCAUUAUACCACAUCACUAUGACUUCUAUUUCUUUGCCAUGAACAAAACCCUCGGCCCCGGCGGUCAGCCUGUAUUCGACUAUAGCGCAGAGGCCCCUCAAAAGCCCGAAUCCACCGACGACGCGAAAUCCAGCGAUCCCCUUGUCACGCCUGCCUCCAAGGCUGCUGCUGCGAAAGCUCUUCCAGAUGUCGACACCCUCGAGGGCGCUAACGAUGAUCCGUCUUUGACCAAGGUUGUUGAUCGGCGGUGGUACGAGAAGAACAAGCAUAUCUUCCCCGCGAGUAUGUGGCAGGAGUUUGACCCGGAGAAGGACUACGGGAAGGAGGUGCGCAAGGACGCUGGCGGGAAUACCUUUUUCUUCUCGCGCUGA